CUGCCAAUAAAUCCAAGAAGAAGAAGAUUUGAACGUACUUCCCAGAUCUAUCCCAGCAUCCUCUGCGGCACAGGACCUCUUGUCGGCGAGGACAAAACAAGCAGCAUCUCAAGCAUUCCUUUUGCACAAAAAUAUGGCCGACAUGGUGGAUGAGAAGAUUAAAAACUAUAGGACGGCUCCUUUUGACGCCAGAUUCCCCAAUACAAACCAGACCCGCAACUGCUUUCAGAACUACCUGGAUUUUCACAGAUGCAACAAGGCCCUGUCAGCCAAAGGCCAAGAUGUGUCUCCCUGUCAGUGGUACCAGAGAGUCUACAAGAGCCUCUGUCCAAUGGGCUGGGUGUCUAAAUGGGACGAGCAGAUAGAAAGCGGAAGUUUUCCUGGGAGGAUCUGAAGUCACUAAAUGUUCCUGGUCACAGUUUUGUUUAGUUCAAACCUUUACCUCUGUAGUUUGCCUGAUCUCCAAAACAUCUGUCACUCUGCUGUUAUCAUUGUCAUCCGUGCAGCUAAAUGAAACUAAACACGCAAAAAAUAUACCAUGUGAAGGUUUAGUUUGUUUUCUCCUAAAAUUUUGAUUCCUUUUGCAUUAUUGGUACAAUACAGUAUGGAGUAAUAGAUUGAUUCUCAAUGAAGUUUAAGGAAUGGGAUGUGUAUGUGUAACCCUUUGUCAGGCACAGUAAACCUUUAAAAUCAGGAGUCGGUUGUUAUGGAUGUUCUUCCUCCCUCUGUAGUUUACUCACUUACCCAGAUGUGACUGAUAACAUUAUAGGGGAGCUCACAUUUCAUUGAUAGGUCUACCUCAGACACUUUGUUAGCACAUGUAAUUUGGUCUGAUUCAGAUUAAAGAGGUUUUUAAAAUUGAAUCAAUAAAUGUUUUAUCUCCCUUUGAA